CUAUUAUCACGUGACUAUGUCGACGGUGUGUGUAUUAUUUAUACCAGAGUAGACUUUGGUGUGUACGUGUACGUAUGCGCUCGCUCAUAUAAAACAGGAAUCAGGACAGUCGGCCAUUUGAUGCAUGGAAGCCCCAUCAGAGAACAUGGACAGUAAAGAUGUGCCUCAAGUUCAGAUCAGGGACACAGAAAGUCUUAUUCCCCGCGAUGAUAACGGCGAGAGAAAGCCAUUAGUCACAAGCACCAAAGGGCAGAAUGCCAGCCUCUAUUUCAUCGUAGCACUGGUGUUACAGGCUCCUCUCGUCACAGGCUUUGCCAUUGGCUACUCCUCUCCCGCUCUCCCCAAGAUUGCCUUCCCAACAUCAGAUGAAGAGUCAUGGUUUGGGUCCUUGCUGAAUAUCGGCGCCAUGGUAGGUGGACCCGUGGCAGGGUUUCUGCUCCAGUGUGGAGGUAGGAAGCUGACCAUCAUGGCUACUGGAAUCCCCUUCAUCACCGGGUGGGUUCUCAUUGGAACGGCCUCCAACGAGCAUGUUAUCAACCUUUACUGCGGCAGGAUACUCACAGGGAUGGGAUGCGGCAUGGCUUGUUUAGCUGUACCGAACUACAUCGCAGAGGUGGCCCCGCCCAAUCUUCGUGGUUUCCUUGGGUCCAGCUUCCAAGUGGCAGUGACUAUUGGAAUUCUUCUGGUAUACUGCCUAGGGAUUCCCAUCACCUAUUCCUGGCUGGCACUGACCGGUGCUGCAUUGACUGCUCUCCUCGUCGUAACCGUGGUGAUGGUCCCAGAAACCCCCAGGUAUCUUCUCAUGAAGCGUUUGAAGAAUCAAGCGAUGUUAGUCUUGAGAAGGCUGCGUGGUCCCAUGGUCGAUGUUGAAUUUGAAUGUCGAGAGAUUGAGGAUGCCCUUGGUGCUUCUGAUGAUAAAUUCCGAUGGUCCGAGUUCUCCCGCCCGUACCUCUACAAGCCCCUCCUGAUCUCCCUAGUGCUCAUGUUCGUGCAGCAGUUCAGCGGCAUCAACGCAGUCAUGUUCUACACCGUCAGCAUCUUUGAGAGUGCGGCGCCCUCUCUAGACCCCAAUGUUGCCACGGUGAUAGUGGGUGCAGUGCAGGUGGCCUUCACAUGUGUUGCAGCUGUUCUUAUGGAUAAGGUGGGACGCAAAGCGCUCCUUAUUACCGGGGCAAUUGGUUUGGCAGUCAGCUCUGCUACAUUCGGAUUGUAUUAUCAAGUCACUGGUGAUGAUGUCGAGAAGCAGCACAAGCUGAGUGCUAUGUCCCUCGUCAGUAUCAUCGUCUACAUCAUCUCAUUCUCGUUGGCAUGGGGACCCAUCCCAUGGCUCAUCAUGUCAGAGAUCUUCCCUUCCAAGGCGAGAGGCGUGGCCAGCGGGAUCGCCACUGCCUUCAACUGGGGUUGCGCUUUUAUCGUCACCAAGGAAUUCGCCCAUAUGCAGGAAACACUCACCAAGCAAGGAAUCUUCUGGUUUUAUGGUGGAAUCUGUCUCCUUGGAGCAAUCUUUGUCUUCUUCUUUGUUCCGGAAACUAAAGGGCGCUCGUUGGAAGAGAUCGAAGCUAGCUUUGCAGGCAACGAACGCAGAAGUAGAUAGAUCAUUCAGACAGAUGGAAAGUUCAAUAGCGACAGCUCCACACAAAAUAUAGGGUGUAUCAGGCACCUGCAAAUUAUAUUUUCAGGGUGCGGAGUAAAGGUUUGGGGUCUUUGUAUACUUGCCACUACAAUUGUUGACCUCUGCCUGAGAUCUAUGGGGGGGGGGGGGGGUGACCUAUGUGUAGGGGGUAUAUCAAGAUGUGCAGUACAGUAUAAGGAUAACUCUUUCUCAACAGUGUGUGUAAUGUAUACUUAAAAUAAGAUACGGGUGUGAACAACUGAGCAGCACAAUUUUAUUUGUUGAUAAACAUGUGUGUCUCAGGGAUAAAUUUAUUUGAAUUCACACGGUAGUAAUGCACUGCACCAGCCUCAUAUUAUUAUUUAAAAUGUGUGCUAUGUGAUAAUCUCGCAAACGGUCACAGUGACGCAUAAUGUCACUAUGAUGCAUGAGUACUAUUUUCAGCUGAAUAAACAAACUGCCAACGCUUACAUUAAUGAGAAAGGUUAAUUCAAAUAGAUACGUAGACUUCAAAUUUCAAAACACUUUUCGUACAGUUGUUAUCGUUUUUGUUCACAUGCCAGCAUUGCAUUUAUGAUUACAAUGAGGUAUGAUGCCAUGGAAAUAUUUCUUUUGAAGUGUUUUUAAGUCAACCCGGUUGAUUAAUGUAAAUGUCUGUUAAUUAUUUCCAUCAACUUCACUACCAGAAAGUCAGCCUAAAAUAGUACCCCACCAUGUAUCAUUUUGACAUUUUGCAUUAUUGUGACAUUACUGGUUGUAACAGGCUCUACUGCACAACAUUCUUGUCAAAAUAACAAGAAAUUAGUUUAAAUGCACUCAAAGUACAGGUGGAAAAGAAAAUAAUUUGUGGAACACAUGAAGUAGAUUUUAUAUACAAAUUUUGAUAAUGAAACAUAAAUAAACUUAAUUACAGAGAGUUAUAUUGGUAAUGGGAUCAUCAUGACUGUAUAGUGUGCAUUACAUUUCUAUUUUCAUACUUUUUCAUGCUACUUGUAAAUAUCAAGUAAAAUCUGGCCAAUGCAUGUACCUGAGUAAAAUUUGAUUAUAUUUAAAAUCAUGUAGCGAUUUCUCCUUCAAGGCACAUUACAAAUCAACACAGAAGCAGUGUAUGUGUAAUUUAAUCGAUUAUACAUUGGAAACUACUUAUAAAGAACUCUGAGGUAGCAAGAUACACUGUAUGAUAUAAAAAGGUAAUUUUACUGGUCCCAGCUCUUUAUUCUCUUGUUUUUAACCAUACUAUAACAAGAACGCUGACCGUGAUAACAAUUUUAUUUUUUCACGGUCUCAAUUACAUCGCUAUAAUGGGUUUCCUUUGUAAUACAUACAUUUUUUCCCUUCCACGACUUAUGAAUAAAGUGUGUGGUUUCGGGGACGACUAAAUGAGACCGUCAUUUCAUUGGUCAUGUUUAAAUUCUAAUGGAAUUUUGAAUUUAAAGAAAAGGGCUUCAUUGUUCACUGUACUUCAAGAUACUGGUAUGGAAAUCAUAUUUUGAGAGAAAGUUGCUAAGAUUUAUCCUACAGUAGAUUUUUUUUUUGAAGCAGUGAAAUAAAAACAAAUGCACAAAAACUUACUGGGCAUCAUCUUCAAUAAAAACCACAACUUCCAUUUGCACA